AGGCGACUCAUGAGCAUCGUAGUGUAGGCCGUUAGAAUCUGAGUUGCAGUCACGGCUUGUGGUCGUUCAGGUCUUGGACAUGUCUUCCACCCUGCCGUAUGGUUCGUCGUCAGCCGACGUGGCCAAUGGAGUGGAGCCUCUCGUUCCUGUCAAGCGCAAGAGACAGCCUCGCGCUGCUGUUGCCUGCGACAUAUGUCGGAGUCGUAAAGUCAAGUGCGACGGCAGGUUCCCCUGCUCUAGCUGUACCCAACAUGCCUUCGAGUGCAUAUACAAGGAGAGACAGCAGGCCAUCGUCCACGACAGCACUGCUGAGCGCGGGCCAUCAAUUGACUUAUAUUGCCAUCACCACAGAUGCUUAACCAGUACCCCCAACCUGGCCAGGACUUCAACGUCGAGAUGCCUGAAUCUCGCACCGCCAGCCAGGUCGAGGGCGCUGUUGGAGCCGGACACGCCAGUUAGUGCCACUGACAGCUCGGCAUGCGAGACAUAUGGCGAGCCAGCGUCGCAAGAGAAAAGUCCCACACAAUGUACUGCUGCGGGAUUGGGAAGCAUCAACUUGUAUACCGAUGGUGCCGAGUACUAUGGCCGAACGGGCACCUUUUAUUUUCUUUCCAAGCUUCGGGCUUGGGCCCACUCACAGCAUCAACCCCAGACGAAUGCACAAGCCUCGACAUCGUCUAUAGCAGAUGACUCUGUGGUCAACCUUUUUCACAGUACAGAUUACUCGGCAAUCAAUGGCACAGAAGGUCCGGAGGAGGCUUCAGAGUCUCGAUUAGCAACACCACGUUCGAGCAAUGCGAUACCUCUGUCCCACGAUGCUACCCCUGUGCAGAGAUUCAACGAAGCAUUGACGGACUUGGAGAUAGAAGUCGGCCGGGAUUGUGCUCGGCUCUACUUCUCGAAUCUCCACUGCAUCCACCCGGUGCUGGAUCAAGCCGCCUUCUUAGCACGUUGCGAGCAUGAAGUAUGGACAGGCAAGCACAAGAGCCCUGGAGUAGCAUCCUCAGUCAGACGGCGGACAGGAAACAGGUUUUUGGCGUUGUACAACAUUGUCUUGGCUACUGGCGCCAUCACUGCUGGAGAGACAUCAGUCCUCACAGGGGACAGAGUGCUUCGCUUUGUAGAACGCCAUGAGAAAGACAAAGAAAAGUUCACCGGGAAAGCCCCAUCUCCUUCGAUCCGAACUGCGAGGAUAUUCUUCGAGAGGUGCAAAGCAUCAUUGGGCGAUACUUUUGACAGAAGCUGCUUCGAGACUGCGCAGACUUUGUUCCUCAUGUCAGUAUUCUGCCAAAAUGCGCUAAAACCACACGCAUGUUACAUGUAUAGUGGAAUGGCUAUCCGUACCGCAUUCGCGAUUGGAAUACCAAACAAACUCCCUGAAAAGACAAACGACGAGCGUCUACUUUGGUGGGCGCUUUACUCCCACGAGAUUGAAAUGUCUUCUUCAGCAGGACGUCAAUCUUUUCUACAAGAACCCGGCUGUUACUCCAUCCAGUUUCCGAAUGGCAUGAUUUCGACUGGACCGUCUCUGAACAUCAUCAAGUCAAUGGUCGACUUCGCUCAUAUUCUCACCCAGGUCGUCAGAAGCACAUACCAAGUCGAAGACGAUCCAGGUGAUGUGGAUCUGUAUCAAAGGUCUCUGGAGCUUGAAGGUUAUCUCCAAGAUUGGAAGGCGAAGCUACCCCCUGAACUGGAUUUUGACACGGCUUCUUUGUCUGAGCAUGAGAUGGUCACUAAACAGAAAAUUGUGCUAAAAUUACGGUUUCUCAAUGCAAAAGUGCUUAUACAUCGACAGUUCAUCAUCUCUUCCACGCCACACAGGCCAGAGCACGUAUUCUCUUGUGUCAAUGCGGCGAUAGAAACGAUACGCUUCGUCUACGAGAAUUAUCUGUAUCGACCAUACUUUCGGAGUUGGUGGUACAACUGCACCUACGUACUAGAUGCUGCUAUGGUACUGCUCUAUGUCAUCCUUACCAAAAGAUCUCCAUAUGCUUUCGAGAGCAUUACCAGUGACAUCAACAAGAGCCUAGAGAUAUUCAAAGCGAUGGAGGUACUUGCAGUUGCUCGUAGAUGUUACGAUAUCACUUCCGAGGUCCUUGACGUGGCGACAAACCUGUACAGAAGCCAACAGGGUCAAAGAAACAACGAGCCUCAGGACAGAACCGCCAUGGACCCUCAAGACCAGAUUCCUGAUGCCAAUGUCAUCGGGCCCGUCUCCGAGUUCGCAGGAGAGAAUGAGAUCGAGGACAAUGUUACAGGUAUAUCGGGUAUGUCGCUACCAGAAGAGCUGAGUACAAGCCUGGUUGACAUGAAUCUUAUGUAUAACUUCUGGGAUGAUGAGGGUUGGAGUGUAUGGACUUCGAUGGGAUCUUGA